CCCGUAAAUGGCACAGAAAUGGCAUCAAGAAACCCAGAAAGCAUAGAUACGAAUCUCUCAAAGGGGUUGAUCCCAAGUUUCUGAGGAACAUGAGGUUUGCAAAGAAACACAACAAAAAGGGGCUAAAGAAGAUGCAGGCCAACAAUGCCAAGCAGGCUGCACAGCAGAAAAAGGACUGA